GUGACUUGUGUUGACGCGCUGAAUAAAAGUUAUGCUGGAUAGUCAGCCAAACAUCAUCGACCUUGUGAAAGAGGUUCCUGGAUUUCACUUUUAUAUUUUCAGCUAGUUUUUAGAGUACUACCAACUUAAUCAGAGUUGUCGUGCGUUUACGGAAGAAGCUCGUAUAUUUGAGGGCGUGAACUUGGAGCAAUGGAGACCUGCUCCCGAUUUUAAAAGAAAGCAAGAGCUUAUUAACUUUUUAAGAACUAACAAGAAAGAGGAAUUUUAUAGCACCUUGUUUACUUUGGUGCCUGAAAAUGCGAGACAGCAGCAAGAAUUUAUGCAACUGGAAUUCGAUAUCAACCUUUUUUUCCUGACUGCAUUUUGGCAGGAGUAUAACAAUGAAGAAAGACAUGCCUCAAUGCAGGAAUUCAAACUGUAUUUGGAAACUAAGGGCUCAGUUCACAGCCAGAAUACUGAGUUUCUAGCUUAUUAUGCAUUACCGUAUGUGACAAAACCCAAUGAACACCCGAUAUACCAGCAACUGUUUGAAGAAACGUGGCGAAACUCUGUCAUCUUACGUUUGUCAAAAUAUAUUGAUUCGAUUAUUCAACCGAACGGUGGUAAAAUUCCUAGUUUACUUAGUUUGGUGGCAAAACCCAAUGUGAAGCAAGAUCAUCUCAUGCGUCAGCUCACAAAUGAAUUAUCAGAUGCCGAAAAACGAGCAGCACAGUCUCAGAAACGAUUAUUUAGGCUUCAGAUGGAUUAUCAAACACUUAUGUCUGUAACUGCAGAUAUACUAGAUGCCUUAGAAAAUACUGUUAAAGGAAAAUCUUUGGAUAGCUCAGUAAUGCAAAAAAUAUAUUCUCGUCUGGUGCAAAGUCAACAUCAUUCAAGUUUAAGAGCAAAUCAACUAAAUGGUCAGUGUAAUAAGAUAUCAAAUGGCAACUUUGGAUGUGAGACCAAAGACACAAGGUUUGGGGAGGAAAAGUUUGAAGCUUCUGGUCACAAAUCCAACACAAACUUUGGCUUUGAUUGGAAUGAAACUACUUUAAAUCCAUUGUUUGAAUUGAAUUAUGAGAAAAUUAAGGAGGAUAUUCAAUCAAUGAGUGAUCGUAAAAAGUGUUAUUUACUUCAAGCAUUACGUUGGCGAUUAACAAAAUCCAAAGUGCUACAACGUGAACAUUGUUUAACAUCAUUUGUUCGUAAUGAUAUACUUGAUUUAACUACCAUUGGAUCAGUGAAAGAUCUUGAUGCCAAACAUACACCAUUGCUGUAUUGUUUAAAAUCAAAACAUCAUCGUGUUCGAGAAUAUAUGGCACGUUUUAUUAAUUCACUUGCUUCUUUAUGCAGAGGUCGUGCUUAUUUAUCACAAAAUAAUUUAGUCAUUGAACUUCUCAUUGAUGAAGUACGCAAAGAACAAGAUGAAUGUAUAACAAGGGAGAAUUUUGUUGGCGCGCUGCAAAAAAUGAGUUUAAGACGGCCGAUGCAAACUGUCAUGAUUAAACAAGGUGUUAUUCUAUGGGUUAUUAACUUAUUAGAAAAUAUGAAUAAUCUCUCUGAUUAUACAUUGGAAUAUGCUGUUGCAUUAUGCAUGAAUUUAUGUUUACGAAAUUCCGGUAAACAAUGUUGUAUACCGAUUACAGGACGUUUACUCAAUGUAUUAAUGGAUCUUUUAAGCACUGAUAACAAUGACAUCAUACCAUAUAUCAAUGGGGCAUUAUAUUCAAUAUUAUCAUUAGCAGAGAUUAGAAAAACAGCUGAGAAAAUGAAUCUAAAGCAUAUUUUGAAAAAGUUUAUUAAACCUAAUCAACCGGAAAUCAAUCGUCAAUUUGAAUUUAUCUUGCAAAGAUUAAAUUCUUCUGAACAACCGCCGUUGGUCGACUCAGAUGAUGAUAUUGACGAUGAAGAUGAUGAGGAGGAUGCAUCAGUUUUAGAGGCUGAACUCGAUCUACAAGACUUACCACCUCCAGAUUCAAAUGAUUUAAUGAUAUUAACCGGUUCACAGACUAAUAAUCAAGAUCCAUAUUUAUGGGUUGGUGAAGGUUUAUUAAAGCAUAAUUAUGCAGCGAAAACUGUGACGAAAAACGAUACUAACAACAAUUGUGCUGAUUGGUGUAAAUCAAUAUGGAAUGGUGACAAUGAAACAACAAUGUCCAAUAAUAUUUCACGCAAUGAUUUACCUCUUCAACGGCCUACAACACCUAGUCAACGUUCUACGCGUAAUUCAAUUUCAGAAAACCAUCCAUCAGUAGGCAGUAGAAAUCAGUUAUAUAAUUCCAGUCUAAUUAAUCAUGAAUUUGACGACGCUUGUAAUCAACAAAAUUUACGUGAUAGUUUAGCAACAAUAACACAAAGUUUUACAGAUGAAAUUACACCAAGAGCUACCGAAUCCGAUGAAAAGCUUACAUCAUCUAACAACCAUCAUAACAAUAAUAAUAAUCUUAAUAAUAAUAGUAAUAAUAAUGAUAAUAAUAAUAAUCAUGAUUCAUUGAAAGAAUCUUCAACAGAAAAAUCCAAUGGCCAAAAUAAAAAACAAAUUCUUAUUAGUCGACAAGAAGAACAAGGUAUAUUUCAAAGUCGACCGAAAAUUCCACGUACACCUGAUACUACACCACCGCCGGGAAAUAAAAGCUUCACCAUCAACAAUCAUAAAAAUAUGUAUAAUAAUAUGAAUGACGAAGAUGCAAAUAGUUUGAUUAGUGCAAGACAAUCACCUGAUUCCACUGUAUCAAGUAGUACACAUAAUCGAUAUGAUGAUAAGUCGACAAUGAAUAGUAAUAGACUACUAAUACAUACUACUACUAAUACAAAUGAAAUGGUGUCACAUUAUACUGAUCAUGUAAAUAAUAGACAACGAAUCAAUAAAAACGGGACAAGCAUGAAUAGAACUUGA